CCGCAUCGCUCGCUUUCGCUGGUUUGAUGCAAUCUUGAAACCACCCGCUGCCGAUAUCGUCUUUCGCCUUGGCCGCCUCUCUUAUUCCCCACAUAACAUCACAUCCAACCAUGGCCCAGAGCGGGCCCGCAGGAUGUCUUGACUUGCGGCCGUCGCCCUCACCGUCCCCAAGUCCCUCCCUCCGACCCACGGAUUCCUCCCGUCCGUUCAGUCCUUCGCCCCGUCCGUUCAGUCCUUCGCCCCGUCCAUCCACCCCCUCCAAGAUUCCCGUCCCCUCUCUUGCUCCCCACCGCAGCGCAUGUCCGUCGCACCCCGUUCAUCAUCCACAUCCACAUCCACACCCACAUCCACAUCCACACUCCCAUGUGCAUCCCGCCCCCUGGAGUGUCAUCUGCACGUCCCUCCCGUCCGACGACCCUCGGCCUUCCUCUGUCUACAACUUGGGCCACCGGUCCUCCAUCGCCUCGACGACCCCCUCCUCCUGCACCUUUGCCUCCAUCACCCCAAGCCCAUCCUACUGCAGCUCGCUUCUCGAUCCCCGCGAGGACGACCGCUGUCUCUUGCCUGUCGCCCACAUGUCUGUCCCUGUCUCCUUCUACGCCUCGCCCCCUCGCUCUCCUGGCCCUUACAACCUUCAGGACCCAGCAAUCCGCUCAGCCUCGCCGUCUCCGUCCCUCUCUCCGUCGUCGCCCCUGUCGCUGACCCGGCUGCCGCCCGAUUCUGCACUUGCGCAUCCCUCGCUGCAGUGUCCCCCUGUCGACCGCAGCCUCUCGACCCAGUCCUCGACCACUUCCAUCAGCCAGACCGUCGUCGGCAAGAUCCUCUACACCACCACCACCACCGUCAACCAGCGCAUUGUGCAGACCAUGAAGCCUCCUCGCCCUGCCUCCUUCAGCCCUUCGUCCUUCCAGACGCUUGUCAGCCAGUCCGAUGCCGGCAUCACUACCGUCAGCCACUCCAACACCCCAAUCUCAACCCGCACGCUCACCCGCCCUCCGCCCGAGGGCUCGCCUUCGGAUGCCCCCGAGGUCGUCGUCGAGACCACCACCUCUGCCCUCCACGGCGACUAUGCCAUCGACACCACCAUCGUCACCACCACCCCGCUGACAUCCUUGGGCACAUUUUUGCUCUCUGCGCCCCUAACCAGAAAUCUCUCUCGACGCCACACCAUCUCUCGCUCAUCGGCACCCGGAUCCGACGCAUCCCGUCCUUCACCGCCCCGCCGCUCGGCAUCCCAAGCCCGAAGCCCCUCCUGUCGCCAGCCAUCCCUAUCGGGACCGCCACCGUCCCGAACCAGUCCCGUUGCCGGCAACUCUGACCCAGCAGCAGCAACAACAGCAACAGCAACAGCAACAACACCAGCCCAAGCAAUAGCCCAAGCACCCCAAGCACAGCCAGCGCCACCGAUUCAGGAGCAUGAUCCGCACCAACAAGUCUCGGCAUCUCAACCCGGGCAACCGGCACGCCCGCCCAGCCAACUGGCCCGCUCCAGGACCCCGACACCCGUCCCCAACAAGCCUGCUGCCCAGCGUCUCUCGCGAACACCAUCCAGAACCCCCCGCACGCCAUCGCAGGCCCGCACCCCGUCCAAGCUCGCUCGAACGCCGUCUCGCACCUCGCGCACACCGUCACAGACCUCCCGCACGGCCCCGCGCUCGUCCGUCCACGAGGCCAGUCCCCAGCAGGCGUCCCAUGUUCCUCCCCGCGCUCGCGCAGCCAUCGAGCGGCCAAAGUCUUCCCUUGCCAUGGUGUCGAUGGAUCGUGCCGCCCCAUCCGCUGCCUCUCGGGCCCGCUCUCCGUCCGUCACCAGGGCUUGUGGCUGUCCCAAGCACUUUAAGGGCCCCGAGCCUGCACCUGGACCCACCACCCCCAAGCGCCACUCCAUGAUCUCGACGUUCUCGCGCGACGCUCAGCGCAACGAGAAGCGGCUUUCCAAAGACUUUGCCAAGCCGUUUGUGGUCUCGGCUUUUGUCAAGCCGGAGCAGCCCGGUUACUUGCGGCCCUCGCCGUCGUCGCCCACAGCCACCCAUCGCACCUCGCGACUCUCGCUCGUCGAUCCGGCCGAACAGCGCUUCCGCUCACCGGGCUACUUUUAUGUCGAGGUUGUCGCCGAGACCUUCACCACUGCCGAGCCCAUUUCUCCGUCCGACAGUGCGCCGUCACUCACCAGCUCGCAAAUCAUCGAGCUUGAAGAGCCGACGGAGCCCUCGACGGAGCCUUCGAUGGAGCCCCCGAUCCCUGAACUGCCCGAGCCAGACACAGAUGCCGAAUCGGAUGCCGAAUCGGAUGCCGGAUCGGAUGCCGAGUCCGCAGUCAAGUCCGGAGCCGAGGAGACUGCAUCCCCAAGUAUUAUGCCGGUUUCCCAGGACAACUCUCCGUCGGCGCCAUCAGCGUUGUUGGCGCCCGCGGAUCCAGCCUCGAGUACUCUUUUCCCCCGGGCUGCGGUCGAUUCUGCCGCCGCGCUCCCAGUCCCUCCUCCGCAUUCACCAGAGACACUCGUCAAGUCCGUGGAGCUUGAUGCACUCACGGCUGCCUCGUCUGCCUCGCUUCUCGACUCUGCCCUACCCCUGGCCAUCACGGUUCUGCCGGUAUCUCUGCCAGCGGCACCGCAGUCCUCGACAGACUGCGCCGAGUCUUUCAACUCGGGCUCUGUCUCUCCUUCGACAGCGCCGUCCGACAACACUGUCUCUCGCGACUCUGAAUACCCUUGCUCGCUAGUGCCUUCCCAGGCCGAUCUGCCAUUAUCCACGGACUCGCUCUAUUUCGCUGGCAGUGAUGUUGGUGUUGAUGUUGGUGCCAGUUCGAACACCAGUGGCGCUGACGGCAUCGUUCGCCUGAUCGACCUGGAUCGCAGUGCUGACGACGAUAAUGGCGCCGUCGACCACGGAAUCAGCAACAGAGCCAGGGAUGAUGACGGCCACAACGACAAAGAUAACGACAUCGACAACAACGACGACGAUGUGUCUGACGCUGAAACAGACACCCAAACCGAAGUCACCGUCACUCCCAUGUCCCAGUCUCCGUCCAUCAACUCCGAGACACUCUCGCCCGCGCUGGAAACCACAGCAAGCUCUCAGUCGCGCCAGCUGCAUCCAGAGCGCCAUCACCACGGCCUUGCCAUGUCGGCGAACGCAUGCACGACAUCCUUCACUGGCGACGGCACCGUGCGCACCAAGAUCACCAGGGUCACUUCUCCGGCCUCUCCGGCCUCCCCAGCGCCCACAUCGUCGUCGGCCUCGACCUCUGCGCCAUCGGCUCGAUCACAUCCCCUGACACUGCGCUUCCGCAACGCAUCCUCGGCAUCGCUGUCGUCCGCAACUUCGUCGUCCACCGGGUCUUCUUUCUCCAAACGCGAGGCUCUCAAAAAUAUCCAGGCCAAUGUCAAGUCGUACUUUGACCGGUCUGUCUCCAACCUCAAGACCUGGCGGCCCUUCGAGAACACCGGCAAGCCAUUCAAGGGCAAGUUCAACCUUCGCAAGUCCCGCAAUCGCUGGGCGGAACGCGAGGCAGACCAAUGAGCGCGUUCCCGCUGUCGCUUGAGGCGGGGUGGUCAGAGGAUCUGCCCUGCGACAUCUGCGACUUUGGUCAGCCCAGUGUCGGCCCAGUGUUUGCUCAGCAUUGGUCUGAUGUACCAAUUGACCAUGUGUCGAUGUGUCGAUGUGCUGAUGUGUUGAAGCGCCGAGCUUUGGAUAUCAUUUUGAAUGCAGACACUGAUAUUUGGCCAAUCU